AUUUCUACACGGCUGAUUUUAUGCGCAAAAUUUAAAACGCCUGUUUUCUAUUGCCGCAACUCGAUAGACCGCGACCACAGAAGUGUGCCCUUUGCACUCGCCGUUAAUUUAGCUACAGUUUAAGGUUUCAAAACGAAGUCGAAGCAGACAAAUAAAGGGUUUUGUAGCCAUGGAGCCUAACGUCGCUCGUUCAGUGUACAGGCUAGCAGCGGGCGAUGAGGCCUACUGCUUUUUUUUUUUGGCUCCGUAGCCUAAUAAGUGCACGACACGCUCCCUUAUCCGUCCUCCAGAGAUUAGGGUUCACGUCCGUCCUCCUGAGCUGUUUGUUUACUCACAUCUCCCGGGUGUUGUCGCACAUCUGAAGUCCUCAGCACGCGUCUUUUUCGCCUCGCUCGUUCCUGACAGGCGUUCAGUCAGACGAACGUGUAAACAGAAGGGCGGUCUCAGGUGAGAGGCUUGAGUUUCACCGGCUUCCGAAGUGUUAUAAUUGAGCCUCCGGGUUCAUCGAUCAGUCAGGGAGAUUGCUCGUGCUGGAAACUUAUCAGAUCUUUGUUUUGUUUUUUAUCGAGCGUUUCUGGAGAAUGAACGGACACUUUCUGGGGGCUCCGGUGCCACUUCGGAUGAACUUUUAAGUUCCGUCGGAGCGCGUUUGCGUCGUUAAACAUGGAGGAGCUAAAAGCCCCGGUGGGUUUUUUCCACAAGUCCUCGUUCAGCAUCAGCAGCUUGCUGCUCCGACACGAGCGCGCAAGGAGCGACGCUAACGUUAACGCCGCGCCGGAAGCGCCGCGACCACCCCGCGCCGCGAAGCCGCCGGCGCGCUCCGGUCAGCCGCCUGACGCGAAAGACGAGCGGAACGACUUGGCGGCCAGACCGGAUAAAAAAGAGGCGGUCGGGGAGCCGAAGCGCGCGGGAGCCGAUGGACAGGAGAAGAAGAGUAAACCCGAUAAGCCUCCGUUCAGUUAUAACGCGCUUAUCAUGAUGGCCAUCCGCCAGAGUCCGGAGCGGCGGCUCACCCUCAACGGCAUCUACGAGUUCAUCAUGGGCAACUUCCCGUACUACCGGGAAAACCGACAGGGCUGGCAGAACUCCAUCCGGCACAACCUGAGCCUCAACAAGUGCUUCGUCAAGGUCCCGCGCCACUACGACGACCCUGGAAAAGGCAACUACUGGAUGCUGGACCCGUCCAGCGACGACGUCUUCAUCGGCGGAACCACCGGGAAGCUCAGGCGCCGGUCUACCGCGGCGUCCCGAGCCAAGCUGGCCAUGAAGAGAGGCGCGCGGCUGUCCUCCGCCUCCACCGCCGCCGCCGCCGGACUCGCGUUCGCCGGCUCGUUUUACUGGCCCGUUCCGCCGUUCGUGACGCUCCAGCACCGCCAGGCGAACCCCGCGGCGCACCACAACAACUACGCCGCGUCGGUUCUGUCCCAAAGCUCGCGUCACUUCGGCACCGCAGCGGAAAGACUUCUUCUCCCGUCCGGCCAAGAGGCGGCUUACUACGGGAUGGGCUGCGAACAGAUGACCUCCGCCUCCUCCUUCUCCACAUCUGCAUCAGUGCCUCUGCCUCUCUCUGCGCCCUGCUCUUUUAAUUUACUCUCCAAUCAGUCCAGUUACUUUUACUCUCAUCAGGUGCCUCACACUGCGGGACUGUCGCCCUGGUCUCAGGAGGACUCGUACCUCUCCAAAACAUCUCCUUCUGGGCAAUUUUUCCCGGGAAAGCCAUCUCCUUCUUCCGAAUACAUCGGAGGACUAUGUACAGACAUUCCCAAUUAUUUUCCUCAUUUUAACACAGCCACCUCAAUGCACUGAAAAGCUCGCGAUUUUGAUAAAAAACCUUUUAUUUAAGUAUUUAUUAUUAUUAUUAUUGUUAUUAUUAUAACACUGCCGGUCAAAGCUUGGAAUAAUUAAGGUUCUUGUGUUUGUGAAAGAAGUCUCUUCUAAUCAAAAAUAUAGUAAAAACAGUAAUUGUAUAGCAUUAAAUGAUAAAUAGCUAUACAAUUAUAAUUAAUUGUUUUCAUUUUAAUAUUUUAAAACGCAAUGUAUUCCUGGAAAAGCUGAAUUUUCAACAUCAUCAGCCUACGCUAAUUUUUUUCAUGCUUAUUUGGUGGUCAGUUUCAUCAGUUAUUAUUGGUGCUCAAUAUUUCUCGUUAUUAUCGCGUUGAAAGCAUUGUUUUUGCUGCAUGAUAUUUUCGAUAAGAUAACGUUUUAAGAAAGAACGACAUUUAUUCGACAUGGAAAAGGAAGCUUUUGUAAACGCCUCUCACUUUUGAUCCAUUUAACGUGUCUUUACUAAAUAAAAGAAAUGUUUCAUGAACAUCAAAUCAGCAAAUCAUAAUGAUUUCAGAAUGACACAGAAGAUGGAUGAAAAUUCAGCUUUGACAUAAAACCCCCCAAAAUAUUUAUUAUGCAACACUUUUCAACAUGCAGACCUAUUGAAAAUAAGAUGCUUUUUUUUCCAAAACGCAUUGCAAAAUCGUAGUUAUUCCAAUUAUUUUGACCUGUAAUGUUAUAAACAAUAUUUUUAUGCAUUUAUUUCAUGCGAGGCCAAAUGUUUGUGGCCAAAAAAAUACAUAUUUUGCCAUUUUCUAAGUCUUAAAACAUCAUGAAUACUUUUCACCGGAACAAAACUAGUCAUAUUAAAUUAUACCAACAUGUUGAGUUUAAAAACAGUGCACGUUAAAAAAAAAAGGAAGUAGCUGAAGGAAACAAUCGUGUUUUGUUCUGCUGACCACAUAUGUCUCAUUUUAAUGCUAUCUUGUUUGAGAACAGGUUUUUGUUGUUUUGUUUUUAAGACGGCGCAGAGUAGCUUGGGUGACGUGUUUGUACAACGCAAAAAGAUAAACUGCAUGAUUCUGUCCGGUGCUUUUUCCGUAUGUCGGGUGUCUUCGUGUUGUUCAGUAUUUACGGCAGCUUUCAUAAUCCUGAUUGUGUGAAUAUUUCAUGCAAUGAAUUAGCUUUACACGUCCUGCGGGUCUCGGCCUGUAGUUUCGUCUCGGUCCAAACAUGUAUCCACUUAAAGGAAGCUGUUUUGGAGGAACAGUCCUUUGUUAUUUGUGACAAUUGUUUAUUAAGUGUUUAAUAAAAUACUUUGC